AUGAAUUCAGAGUCAAACAGUAGAAAUCACAAUGAUCAGUCGCGUCGUUCAGACCACCCGUCGCAAAAUGGAGAGCGCAUAAGAGACACCAGAGGAGAUAUCCGCCAGUACAACCAAGGAUACUCUCGAAGAAGGUCCCCCAUGCCGCCACGUGAUGCACCAUACAAUGGCUCGUAUGGAGAAAGCUCCAGAGAUAACUAUAGAAGUUCGGAAUACGAUAGAUACGGCGAUUCCUACCGCAACAGCUCUCGUGGUAGAUAUGACCAAAGAGAUAAUGGAAGAGGAAGAGGAUUCAACGAGAGAGACGGAUAUCGGGGAAGGGCGAAUAGAAACGACGAUGGGCGCGGCUACCGGAACGAAGAUUCUCGGGGCCAAAGUCCGUCCAGAAACAGAAGGCAUGGCCAUCAAGAGCUGCCGCAAAACCUCUCUGAGGAGGCUUUGUUUGAACGAUAUGAAAAGAAACUCAUUCACUUACUAGAAUUCCCAACUCUUAAAACAUUCCCUUUGAAGUCCAGUAGAUGGGGCGAGAAGCCAAAGGCAUUUGAGAAUGUCACGGCGCAGAGAGCGAAACUCAGUGGAUAUUUCCAGCUUCCAACUGCACAAAGUUCAGGGGAGACAAAGUUGGAAGAUCUCAUGAAAUCAGGCAAUAUUCCGGAUGAUGUCUUGAAGGCACAUCUGAAGAUUGACCCAAUAGAUUCCCGGGCCUCGCGGAUUGUUUUGGUCAAAGACGUAGACUUGCAGAAAGUAUCACCUCUGAAGUUGGCACAGUACAUCAACAAGUUUCUUCGCCUCGCUGAGCUCCCAGGAAUUAGUUUGGAUGACAACAUUAAGCGUACAGAAAUAUCUCGGGCUCAUGGAACAGUAAUUUGUGAGUUCAAAAGCCCUUCUGCUGCCACCUUAUGUUUGUGUCUCAAUGGAAAAACUGUUCUGGGACGUGAUUUGGAGGUAGAAGACAGAAAUGACGACUUUGACAUGAUCCUCAACUUAGCACGGCCUCAGGAAUACGUUGUUCAAUGUCUACCACCCAAAGACAGGCAGUCUAAGGAACUUGUCUUCGAUGUUGUCGACAGUCCAUGCAAAUUGUCGCUUCUCAUUGACAAGGAGACAACAGAAACCAACUUACAAGACGCUUUGAAUGAGAUUGCGCCACUUAGGGCGUUCAAAUUGCUCCGUGAAAUUGGAACCAAAGAAGCUCUCGGAAUCGCUUUCGUUGAAUUCUACAUGAACAACGAAAAAUUUCCAGAUGUCGUUGCGACAGUCAAAGGGACCAGGGAAUAUGUUGAGAAGAUUAAUGAGCUACCGAUGGUGGAGAAGGCAUUCUUUCUGUGCCUCGAAUUCUCAGAAGGCGGCAAGCUUCUAACGAGCGUUCAGGAUUGCUUCAUUGAGCUCAAUACAUUGAAGGGCCUCGUGAGAAAUAAGUUUGUGCAAUUUCAUGCUAAGGAGAAAGUCAUUGAAUUAGUCAACAUUCUCACUGCAGCCGACUACGCUUCAAAAGAAACCAUGAAUUUUGUCAAAGAAGACGUGAAAGAGGAAGCUUCUAAAUUUGGAAAGGUUGUCUCCAUGCAUAUUCCACAGCCAGACUUGCCAAUUAUCCCUGGAACAAGUAUCGAGAGACAACCAGGAAUUGGAAAAAUAUUUAUUGAAUACGAAGAUGAAAGCACGGCCCUCAAGGCUCUCAUGGGCAUGGCUGGGCGUUGCUACAACGACAGAACUAUCAUUUGUGCAUUUUUCAAUCACCAGGAUUAUCUAAAGGGUAUAUUCUAA